UAUGCAUUUACAUAUUUGAGUCGUAGAUUAUUCUGCAAAGAGGGUAUUUUUAAUUAGCAAUACUUAAUUAUGAAAUUAAUUAACUACUUAAUUGGCAGUAAUUAGUUAGUUAACUUUAAUACAAAAUACAUAAGCAUACAAAGUAGCUCUCGAUUGCCAGGUACAUAUUGGACACAAACAAACAAUAAGUGCAUGAAAAUACCCGGUUUCAUAUAUGUGUUACCCGUUUUUUUAUAUCGGGCACUCUCCGAGUUGCCAGGCUCGUAAAAUGCACAACAAAACCCCGACUUGUCAUUUACCUACUUACUUUCUAGUAAACACGAUUUCAAGUUAUAUACAAAUACAAAUUUUUGAAAAUUAUUGAUUCACCCAUACAUUUUUUCGAAAUUAAAAUCAUGCCUCUGGAGAACCAUAUUCCGACCUGGUACGACACCGAAAUUCGGUUCGACCUCAUGACCAGAUAUUUAAAACUGUGCACUGGCGAGAAAACGUUUGAAGUCUUGGACCCCGUCGAGGACACGAAAGGCAACAAUGGCGAACCUGGAAAACUCGUCGUCACCAAUUUACGACUCAUUUGGCAGUCUAAAAAAUUCCCCAAAAUCAAUCUAUCAAUCGGUUACAAUCCUAUAACUUCGAUAAAUAUCAAAUCCGUGACUUCGAAACUUCGCGGAUUAACGGAAUCACUGCACAUUCUCGCGAAAACUAAAGCGUCCCGGUACGAAUUUAUCUUUACGAAUCUGGUCAUUGAUAACAACCGACUUUUCUCUGUGGUCCUCGCCGUCCAAAAAGCGUAUACACAAUCCCGGCUUUAUCGCGAAAUCAAGAUGCGAAGUGGCAUCGUAGUUGCCAAUAAAAAGUUGCAAAUGUUGCAAAAAGAACAGAUUUGUGAACAAGUUAAUGGCGUCUGGAAUUUGAGCAGUGAUCAGGGAAAUUUGGGCUCCUUUUUCAUCACAAAUGUCCGCGUCGUCUGGUACGCAGCGUCCAACGAAUUGUUCAACGCUUCAAUUCCAUUCCUACAAAUUGCUGAAAUAAAAAUAAGAGACUCCAAAUUCGGAAAGGCGUUAGUCAUCGACACGACGGAAUCCGGGGGCAGCUACGUCCUCGGUUUUCGGAUCGACCCGAAAGAAAAGCUGCUCAGCGUCUACAAAUCGCUAAUGUCCAUUCACGAAACGUACAUGACUUAUCCCGAGUAUGGCGUCGAGUUCAAUCCAGACUCCAUCGAGGCGGAAUCAGAAGAGCGGAAGACGCGCCUGGCCAAGGGCGUCGUCACUUUUGCUGACGAAGUCGAGGAGAUCGAGGACAACCCGGAAUUGGUCAGUGACGCCUUCGCCGCCUACUUCGCGGACGGAUAUCGACACGAAAAUGCGGCCGAUCGCGAAAAAAAGGUGGAAAUCAUUUUCUGCGAAGAGCUCGGACUUGCCGUCGAGAAACCGAAGGAUGGCUUCACAAUGCAGCAAUUGUGGGAGGUUAUCCCGUCAAAUUGAUAAGCUAGGAUUGAUAAGCUUAAAUAAAUAUUGAAUCAUUUUCGAAUUUUGAUAAGCUAUUAUGAGUUUCAAACUUUGUAAAAGUUCAUAAACAGAAACUUUAUAAGGAUUUAUCAACGUUGUUCUGUAUACAUUUCCAAGUUUUCAUAAAUAUCAACCAUCAAAUUGAUAAGCUAGGAAUGAUAAGCAUAAAUAAAUAUUUUGUUGUUUUCGAACUUUGAUAAGCCACAGGUUUCAGAGUUUGUUGAUAUGUUUCAAAACAGAGGGUCAAAAUUUCUAAAAAUUUGUCAAUGUUUUUCUGUAUUUCCUAAUUUUCCUAAAAAUAUUACUUCUUGCAUACAUUUUUAUAUAUUUCAGCUACGUAUGUAUUAUUUCAAAAAUAUGUAAAUCUUGGUCCAUUUUUCUAAAUUAAUGUUUUGUGAAUUUCUAUCGAAAAUUUUAUACAUUUUUAAAAUUUAAAAAAUUAUGUGAACAUACAAGUUCAU